AUGGCCGAACCUAGCGGUUGGGCCGCUGACCUACAAAACUACGAGCGCCAGCGGCGAGUGGAGCUGAACCCUGGGCUUUUCAAGGGGCCCACCGUCGGCUAUGUCCGCGGGGAGAUCAGCAAGCGGGAGCGCAGCUACAACCCGCUCCUAGGGCGCUUCCUGGAUGAUAGCAGGGAGCAGGAGCAGGCGCAGUUUGAAGAGAAGAUCAAGAAGAACUUCCUCAACUUCGCCCGGGAUGUGCAGCUGCGCCGCGAAGCGCCCUUUGACCUCGUCACGCACGAGAGGAAGUUUGAGGCAUUUGGCCCAGACGCCUCCGCCGGCCUGGAGCCUCCUGUGAAAAAGAAGGUGCCUUUCCCGGACACCGCGGCGGAUUACAACAUUGUCUCCAAUCUUCCCUUCAAUGAGCCUUGGCUCAUUGCAAUGCCGCGACAAUGGGUGGGUCAAUUUCUGAGCGGGGAGUGCUCUAGCACGCGACUGCUGGCUCAGACCCCAGCAGCCUUCCAUGCAAAUCUCUUGGGUCCUACCCUGCAGAAACUACGUCUGUGA